AUGUCCGGCGAUGAAAACACGGACGAGUGGGAACCCAUACCAUCGCUUUCAUCACUUUCGCCGUUUUCCUCCCCCGCUUUGUCCUUUUUGCUCCUCAGCAAGACCGAUUUGGCCCACGAUUCGGAUCAUCCGAGUUUUCACAGUAGUAGGCACGAUGAUGAUGUCUUGUCUCACACACCACCACCCGCCACCACUCCCCGACCACCCAAAACACCCCCCCUUCUCACACCUUCCCCACCAUCUACUUCCCGGUCAAUGCAUGGUUCUCAUCUUCGGACUCCAACACAGCCAUCUCCCCUGCAGCUGAGCAGUAGUGUUGUUGGGUUGGGUCUUGGUCAUCUUGGGAUUGGGCCACCGAUGGUAUCGCCGCUGCAACAAAAGGUUCCUGCUUGGAUGUCGGCUGGCCAUCAUGAGGAGGUUAUUGAGGAGGAGACGAGCAUUACUCAUGAUGCGGAUGAUGAGGAUGAGGAGGAUGAGAGGGAUGAGGGGGAGGUUAUGAAUAGGCAGAGUCUGAUUUAUGAUCGAGGGGUUGAUCAUGAAGUCGAGGAAGAGCAGCGGCCUGAGAGGAGAGUGAGAAGGAUGAGCCACGAGGAGAAAAGCAGGCAGGUUCUCAGCCAUGACAGAGAGGCUGAUGAUGAGGAUGAGGAUGAAGACGACGAUGGGGAGGAGGAUGGGACUGAUGAGGAGGAUGAGGUUGAUGAAGAAGAUGAAGGCGAGAACGGAGCUGAAUAUGAAGAUGGGGAUGAGCAGGAGUCAGACGACCAAGAAUUUGGGGGAUGGGCAAAAUUCCUGCUUAUGAACCAAGGAACCGACCGAGGAAAGCGAAGGGGUGAAAACGGAGGGGCAGCGGGUUUGUGGACAGGCAGAGCGUUGUUUACAACCCACGACCUCAUGAUGAAAGUGAAGACGAGACAAACGAGCAGGCAGGGCCUUAUCUGGGAGCAACAACACGAUCAUCAUAGUGAGGGUGACACGAACAACGAGGUAAUGAACAGGCUGGAUCUUUUUCAGGCUCAGGCAGGCGAUGACCGAAGCGAGGGCGAUACGAAUGACGAGGUCAUGGAGAGGCAAAAUCUUCCCUGUGAACGGGAAACCGACAGACUGCAGCAGAGUUUUAUCUACGACCACGACCAACCGACCGAUGAAAUCACCCAAAACAGCAAAGCGAUUCUGGUCGACCGCCUAGAAGGCUUGCUCCACCGAUUAGCAACUUCAAAUCCAACAGCCGACCUCGACACCAUCGACAUCUUACAUGCCAAAGUAGACGAAAUGGAAAGAGCCCUCUCAACCACCUCGCCCAGGAAACCAAACACAUCUAGGAGGCUAUCAUCAGAACUAGAACCCCUCCAACACUCCCAGGAGACCACCGCCCACUCCUCCGCCCAAGAACACCCCAACCAAUCCCCCACCCACACCAGCAACAUCAACCUCCACCAGUCCAUAGAAUCAAUGCCCGACACCCUCUCCCCCUCCGCCUCCCUCGCCCAACUGCGCCGCUCCCUCAUCCUCCCCCCCGCCCUCGCAACCACACCACCGCCCUGGCUCCUGCCGUCAGCAGUCCUCUCCCCGAUCAAAUCAAGCGAGAUUUUCUCUACUUCAAUCUCCUCCCCAACCCAACCAGAACUCGACGCAGCAGCCGAAGCCACAAACGAAGCCCUCGAAGCAGCCAAGGAAGCCGCCCGGGCGCACUCGGAAAUGACGGAGCGGAUCGCCGCCGAGGCGGACGAGUUGCGACGGGAUCUGGCGGUCGUGGUGGAGAGGUUGAAGAACAGGAGGGAGGAGACUGAUCACAUCCACACCCUCCUCAUCCAACGCGCCGAGGCGGCUGCCGAACGGAUUUUGGAUCUGGAAAAAGAGCUUUCCGAUCUGGAGGAUGACCUUGCGUCUAGCGAGUCAGAGCUGAGGCACUUGAGGCUGAAGCUGAGGGCGGUGGAGACGCUGGUGGGGGAGUUUGUCGACCCGGACGAGACGGACCCGGAGCUGUUUAGGUGUAUUGAGAACUGGAAGGAGGAUUGGAGGGUGGUGAGGGAAAGGAUGAGGGAGCGGAAGAGGGGGAGGAAGGAGAGGAGGACGAGGUUGAGGAGGAGGGAGAUGAUGGGGGUGGGGAAUGAGGAGGUGGAGGAAGGGGAGGAAGAGGGAGAGAGUACGUUGACUAGUUUGGGGGGGGUUGGUAUGGGGGAGCAGGGGAAAGGGUUGUGA